GAAUGCAAUGGAAUGGAUGCAAACUCUUCUAAUCUCAGGACUGUGUAUCCCGUCCUUCUGUGCCGAGUACCGCCAACACUGUUUAAUUGAAACCCCGAAAUCCUGGUUUGAUGCCCAGAGCUACUGCAGAGAGAGAGGCCAUGACCUGGCCACCAUAGACGACAUGGGGGCAAUGAAGUCACUGCUGGCCUUGAAUGCAGACAGAGCUGAUGAGCUGUGGAUCGGUCUUCAUAAUGGGGGUCCUGAAGAGUGGCAUUGGUCGCUGGCAGACGAAGAAUUCUACCAAGAGGGAGAGAGAGAUUACCGCAAUUUCGGAAGGAUGGACAAUACCAGUCGUUAUGUUAGUAACCAAUAUGGCAUGUGGAAGACUGCUGACAAUACACACUUGUGGUUUGUGUGUUAUGAUGGGAACAGACAAGGUGGACACCGAUAUGUCUUGGUUAGAAGGGUGAUGAGCUGGACGGGGACGCAGUUGUACUGCAGGAGUCACCACACGGACCUGGCCAGCAUCAGGAACCCAGAGGAGAACCAGGCAGUCGUGGAGAGACUUGGUCCGUAUGAUGUCUUGAUUGGCCUCUUCAAAGAUGCGUGGCAUUGGUCGGACAAGCGCAACUCCUCCUUCAGACACUGGGAUCAAGAUUCAUUUGUUGGCCUCUUUCCUCAAAGUUGCGCUGUGAUGACUGGCAAAGGUCCUGGACGAUGGAGCCAACGAUCCUGUGAUGAGUUGCAUCCGUUUCUCUGUACAUGUACUAGAAGAUGGGUUGUCAAGGUGAAGGUGCGUUCAGAGGACAUCCAGGAACUGAAUGACCCUGCCACCUUAAAACAACUGCUGAACGAAGCGGCUUUGAGCAACCACCAUAAGAUAACGUGGAGAACCAAUUCUGACGGACAGGUCUUCACCAAGGAGCAGUGUCAGGAAGAAGACUGCAAUGUUUAAACUGAUCCACUUAACAAGAGAAAUCCCAAGACCUCUGUAAUAUUGAAUAGUCUCACAAAUCUGUAGAUUAUAGAUAUCUAAAGUCUGUCUGCAGAUGACCUCAAUUCUGCUGAAAGGAAAUCAGUAAUCAGUAACCCUUUUCUCAGUAACCUAUUUAUAUUUAAUUUGAUGAUGAACAGCAUAACCAUAACAGGAAUGUAGAUGUAAGGGACUAUUUAUUUUUGUAGGAACCAUGAAUGCCAAUGGGGUCACAUGUCUUAUACCUUAAAGUCAUGAUAAGCUCGGUUUUCUGGAUGCAUCGGAUCCUGUGUUUCAGGGCAACAUUAUGUAGGUAUAAUGAAGUAAUUGCGUUUCUUGAAUGUAUAAUCAUGAGUUUGCUAUAUAUGACCAAUUCUUAAGUUUGGCUAGCUGUAUGAUGUAACUAAAGAAGGGUUAGCUUUAAAGAGUAUAUGAGGCUCAGCCUCUGAGCAGAAUGUUGGAGCUCCAGAGACUGCUGAGGGACACAUGUCCACUCCACAUUCAGGUUCAGGGCAGAGACUUGACUUUUUCAUGCUUUAACUUUGUUUCGAUCUAUCUAGUUAGGAUUUUGUCUUUCAACGUAGGUGUAUCUCACCAUUGGCUAACAUUUCAUUGAAUAUGUUCUUUGAUUUGAGUUAUAAGAUGUUUAAAUUAUUUUUUGUGGAGGAUUGUUUAAUUUUGUUUGAUUGUUUAUUGAUUGUUUGAUUUGAUACAUACUGAUUAACCUGAAUCAAAUUUAGAUUAUAGCUCAAGGCAAGAUUUGUUAUGAGAAAUAUUGGCCUAAAUUGUUGCAGUUUUCAUCCAUCCAUGGUUUAUUAAUCGCUGUGUUUAUCACACAUCAGAAUUAUAAUCUAUUGAUCUUUCCUGGUUGACUUGUCAAUAAGGUAUUAAGGUCCCUCUGCCUCCAUACUCUGGAACUCCCAACUUAUUCUCUGAGAUUUCGGUUGGCUGAUCUUCAAAUUAAAAUGCACAAAUAUUGA